AUGACAUCAAUAAACACAAGCUUUCACAAAGGAAGAGAAAGAGAGAAAGAAGAAGAGGAGGAUGAAGACGACACGUUCGAGGAUGCCGUAUGCACCAAGACACCAGCCAGAGUCAACAAACCUUUGUCUGUAAUCACUGAAGCGUUCGAAAACCUAGCGGAUCUGCUUAAAUCGGACAUAUCAACUCAAGAUGAGAACGGUUUGAGUCUUGAUGCUUUCUGCAGUGCAUGCACUCACGUCUCUAUCCUCUUCAGUUGCCUCGGCUUUGCCUCCAAAUUUGCGGAGAUGGAGUACACCUCCAAGGUUAAAGACUUGGUCGAAGCCUCGAAAACAUUAAACACAUUACAAAACAUUUUGGACCUAGACGUGGAGAAUGAAACAGUGAAAACACCAGGAAGCCGUUCACGUAACCUAAGACGUGUGAGACAAGGUUUAGACCUGUAA